AAAACCUAACAUUCGAAUAAGUUUUCAGAUUUUGCAAGUAUACCAAAAUAUAGCAACAAUGACUUCAUUGGCUGCAAAUGUAAACCAUGAAGAUGGUAUUUUUCGACCAGAGGCUAAUUUUUCUCCUAGUCUUUGGGGAAAUAUUUUUAGCUAUUCUACUAUGGAUAAUCAGGUAUCCGAGAAAAAUAUAGAGGAGAUUGAGACCUUGAAAGAAGAAGUCAAGCACAUGAUAAUAAGUACUACUAACAAUGCCACCAUAGAGAAAAUACAUUUGAUUGACACUCUUGAACGCCUUGGUAUUUCGUAUCACUUUGAGGAGGAGAUUGAAGAUCAAAUAAGCAAGAUGUUUGAUCUAAAUGUCAUCCAUGAAGAGGAUGAUCUAUACAAGGUUGCUCUAUAUUUUCGAUUGUUUAGGCAACAUGGCUAUCCGGUCUCUUCUGAUCAUUUCAAUCAAUUCAAGGGCAGCAAUGGAAAAUUCAAGGAAACUCUACUUACAGAUGCAAAGGGUCUGCUAAGUCUGUAUGAAGCGGCACAUGUUAGGGGACAUGAGGAUGUCAUAUUAGAAGAGGCCCUUAUUUUGGCAACAUCUCAUCUUGAAAGUAUAGCAUCUACCUUAGAUUCUACUCUUGAGAAACAAAUAACACAUGCCCUAAUGCAAUCUCUUCAUAGAGGCAUCCCAAGAGCUGAAGCACACUUUUACAUUUCAAUAUAUGAGAAUGUGGAUUCAAGAAAUGAAAAGCUACUGAGGCUUGCAAAACUAGAUUACAAUUUGUUGCAAAUGCUACACAAGGAAGAGCUUAGAGAACUCACAUUGUGGUGGAAAGAUUUGGAUCUUGCGUCUAAACUUUCUUAUGUCAGAGACAGAAUGGUGGAAUGCUUUUUUUGGACCGUAGGCGUGUACUUUGAACCUCAAUACUCUAGAGCUCGGAUUAUGCUUGCGAAAUGCAUAGCUAUGAUUUCAGUUAUUGAUGAUACAUAUGACUCUUAUGGUACUCUUGAUGAACUAGAAGUAUUCACAGAAGCGGUGGACAGGUGGAAUGUAAGUGAAAUGGAUCGACUGCCAAAUUAUAUGAAACCGAUAUAUACAAUUCUUCUCGAUCUCUUCAAGGAGUAUGAAAUCGAGGUCAGAAAACAAGAUAGAUUCAAUGGAGUUUAUUACGUCAAAGAAGCGAUGAAAGAAAUCGUGAGGAGUUACUAUAUAGAAGCUCAAUGGUUCAUCGAAGGAAAAAUUCCAUCAUUUAAAAAGUACCUAAGCAAUGCACUGAUCACCGGAACUUAUUACCUACUAGCACCAGCAUCAUUACUGGGCAUGAGGUCAGCAUCAAAGACCGCAUUUGAUUGGAUGAUGAAUAAGCCUAAAAUUCUUGUGGCUUCAGCAUUAAUUGGUCGAGUCAUUGAUGACAUAGCUACUUAUAAGAUUGAGAAAGAAAAAGGACAACUUAUCACGGGGAUAGAAUGUUAUAUGCAAGAGAACAAUUUAUCCGUGGAAGAAGCGAGUGCAGAACUUUCUGAAAUAGCUGAAAAUGCGUGGAAGGAUUUGAACAAAGAGUGCAUUAAGCCUACUUCUAUGCCAGCUGAAAUAUUAAUGCGUAUUGUGAACCUCACACGUCUGAUUGAUGUUGUUUACAAGAACAAUCAAGACGGAUAUAGUAAUCCAAAGAAUAACGUGAAGUCUGUGAUUGAAGCCUUACUCGUCAAUCCCAUCAAUAUCUAGGGAACCUUUGAUAUUCACGAGUUGACAUGAAAGAUGGUCAUUAACGAAAUAAGUUGAUACAAAUAAUUGUUGUACUUUAUUCAAUAAUUUCAUAAAUAAGUAGUUUGUAAUCCACCAUAUUUUCUUUAUCAAGUAAAUUUAAAAUUAAAUUCCAAUUAUUUUGUUUCCUG